AUGGUUAGGAGACAGCUACAUUCUCAGCUGCAAUAUCAGAAUUGGGAAUCCUACGUUUGGUCACUAGGAGUUCGUCGUCACCGGUUCCGCAGGCUUCUGCGAUCUUCGAGCGAGAACGUUCCUCCGGUUGUAUGCGAAAAAACUCGAACCCCGCUGACGGAAGCGGGACGAGGGUGGGGGUCUCCAAAACCAAUCCCGUCCGUACCAAUUGCCGCAGCCCUGGCCCUUUUUUCGGGAUCGGAACGACGUUUUUGGCUCCGCCCAACGCACGCGAAAAACCACCGGGGGGCAUCGCCGUCGAACCCAACGCCCCCAACCGCAACCAUAACCACAACUCACAUCUCUUUCUCCAACACAAUGGCUAAAAAGAAGACUGCAGCCCCCAAACCGGUUGAAGAAGCGGCAGCCGAAGUCGAAGCUGUCCUGGCGGCUCCGCCGGUGGAGGAACCGGAAACGCUUGGAACCGCUCCCGUCCUCACCCAUACGGCACCCUCAAUGGACCCCGGGGCCUUUGAAAUACUCACGGACGUCAUCGAGUACGAGGUGGAAAUGAUCUUUUCCGAUCGUGAGAAGCGUGCGGAGCGCUGGAAGACUCUCACUUAUUUUUGGGACCUGCACCCGGCGCGCAACUGUAACUUUGGUCGUCUCUACCUUCGUCGUUACCUGGCGGAGCUUUUGGUGAACGCGGUUGGAGCCCCGCCGUACGGGACGGACAAGGACGAGGAGCUCGGUUUGGUGACUACCACACCCAGAGUAACUUCGCCCGACAACCUGGCAAAGUGGGACGUGGAACGCUGGUCCGACUUGCAAGAUGAUCUCGAACAUAUUCGUGAUAUCCUUUUACGUCAAGAUGCCGUCCUCAAUCUAAAAGACGAAAGCAUGGCGGAGAACCCCGAAAUGGACGAAGAACGAGCGGAGAUGGCCAGUUUUGGCAAAAAGUAUCAAAUACUCAUACAGUGUCUCGAAGUGAACAAGGCUAUUGCACCUAUUCGUUGGGAUCUCGAGGAGCAGAUCUUGAAGAAAGACGAAGGUCAGCCGGAACUGGAUAAGAAAAAGGUUGCUGAAGUUGUCAGGAUCAUCAGCGAGAUCAAGAACGAGCGCUGUGUGGAAGUAGCCGAAACCCUUUUUGCCAAGAAGCCCGCGAAGAAAAACAAAGGUACCGAGACUUUUGAAGACAUAUCGGCCCUCGCCAAGAUCUUGGACUCGAAGCCAUUCAACUUGAGUUACGUGCAGAAUAAGAUCGAGGUCGUCCUCCGCCGUUGGAGUUGUGAUACGUUCGGCUCCGAUGAUCCCAUGCUGUUUCGUUUACGUUACGGCAUCCCUCCCAGAAGCGGUCUCGCCUUGCUCGCCUCUACGCCCGCUUUGGCUCGACGCACUCCAAGCAAAAGUACCGGCGGACAACGCAGUCCCGUCCCCUCUAUCAAAAAAGAAGACGAGGACGACGAGGACAUUCAGCGCCUUCGCGAGAACCGUGUAGCUCUCGGCGAAGGACAUGGUGAAGAUCCUUUGGAGGAAAGCCGCACUUUGGCAGCCGAGGCGGCCGGGGAAGGCCGCAAACGUACGGCGGACAACCAAGACGAGGACGAGGAACAGGACACGAAACGCGUUCGUCGCCUCGCAAUUGACGAUGAGUUGGAUGAAGACGACGAAGAGGACGAAAAAGAACGUGCGGCUCUCAGCGAGUUGCCCCGUCGAAGAACUCGUCGCCCCUCACGCCGCUUCACCGGCCCUCCUCCCGAUGACGGUAUCUUUGACGAGCAAGGCAAGGUUAAGGCUCGCCGCAAAUGGGCCGAAGAGGAAAAGAACGCCGUCAAGGUUGGGUCCCAAAAGUUCGGCGUGGGGAAAUGGGCGGAGAUCAAGAAGGAGUAUGGUGACAUCCUGCGCAACCGCACUUCCGUCCAGAUCAAGGAUUGCUGGCGAACGAUGAACAAGAAUAAUGAAGUCUGAAAUAAGGUCGAAGCCAAAGCGGUGGAUGUUGAAAUUUGGGCAAGGAACGCAAAAGUAUGUCGGUGAUUAAUAAUAAAACUAUUGGUUUUCCACGC